UUCAUGAGCACAAAUCGACUACCAUUUCUAUGAGAAGUAGUUCUUCUGCUGGAUCAGACCUGGGGAGAACAGAGGUGAUAAUUAUUGUUGGUGUGGUAAGUGGGAUGGCGGGGAUUCUGCUCGUGGCUCUAACUAUCACAUGUCUAUGCUGCUUCACUCAACUCCGCAAACGUGGAAGGUUACAUUCAUGUGACGUACAUUCUACGUUGUCAUUGGAUACAAGUUUGUUCCGCAUGAACGAGUAUUGGAGACACAACUGGCUGGUCCACCAACGUAACGUCUUACAUCCGGGUACCAUCAGGACCACUAAUCAGGAGUCUGUCCUGCCAUCUCAGCUAGCUGAUGACGUCAGCUAUUUAUACAGACAGGUUCGGUGUCCAAAACCAAAGAGGUCAAGUAAGGUCAACUCCUCAAUGUCGUAUUCUGAAGCGACACAACACCAAAAUGAAAAGGAUGAACAAGUUUACGAUAAUAUUCAAAAUGCUAUUCGACGACUUGGUUCAAGUAUGGCCAUAUCCUCAGCAGGCUCUUCAUUGAAAAAGGGGAAUAAUUCUACCGCAAUGAAUGGAGACAACCAUCAACAAUGUCCACGAAAAGGUCAGGCAAAUAAAUAUGUUGGUGAUAUGAUGGUAUCCUGUCCUACGAAACAUCCCAUGGACUCUAUCGUCGGGGAUACUGAUGUGGACGAGGACGUAUUCUUUGAGCAGCGGCUAUAGUCGUAUACUGUAGUUGUAUACUAAGUCACACGUGUAACUCUCGACAGUUCAAAUGUAGACGACUUAGACUAAAUAUGACCACUUUAUAGUAAAUUUAACCAUUGUGCAGUUAAUAUAACCACAAUACAAUAAGUAUACAAAUAAUGUACAUAUAAUUGCCAACAAGAAAAAUAACCGCUAUAAAAAACGUUAAGAAAUUUGCUAGCCGACGUUCAAUAUAAGACAUGGUUUAUUCAUAUGUUCCCUAAGGUUAUCAGACAAUCUGAUACAAAGUGUAUCCUACAUUCACUACGCAUAACGUCACGUUAAGUAUGCAUACUAUAAACAAACGAAAAUGUCGUUUCUACAGAGCCUAUGUUAUCCAAAACGUUACUAAACCAAAUUGGUAAUGUAUUUCAUUUCAUGUUUUUCUGUUAAAGGGCUAUGCUUGUUCUGUCACCAUGACAGAUCACGUAUUUUCAUGAUGGUCAGGUUCACGUUGAUAAAAUUGUUUGAAGAUGUUGAAAAAAAACCCGUUGAUUUCAAUGUAUCGAAUCAUGACAAAUCAAAGUACGCUACCUAUAUAUAUUUGUAGUAAUUAUACGUGAAUAACUUCAGCUUCAUCGACAAUUUUUGAAUGUUCAGAGGUCAUUUUGUGGACAAGAAGUUGGAAUAGACAACUGCAAAGACUUAGCACACUGCUAAGACUACAUAAGGAUGCAAUUUAAAAUGUCAGGGUAACGAUUCAAAUCAACAGGUCUAAUAGAACUGAAUAGUACAGGCUAUACCUUGCUCAAGGGGUCUUAUUGUUUCAAAAUAAGUUCAACUAGUUUUACACGCAUAUAUAUAGCUUUAUGGAUUAUCCUAAGUAAAUGGCAAACUCGGACCCAUCCGUUUUUUAUUUUUAAAUAACUUGCAAUUUGUUAACUAUACGCAACUUAUAACCUGAACAUUCCAAUAUACAAUGUAUAACCUAUUUCUAUUUUAUUUAUCAUGCUCACUUGUAAAUUAAUUGUUGUGAUAUUU